AUGGCUAGUCGACGAGAGGCGCAAAUGAGCAAUGAAACUGAGGAUUCCUGGACGAGUUCCCUUAUUUGCGACAUGGAGCAGAGCUUUUCCUUAGAGGAACGCCUGGCCAAGGAAGCCGAGACCCCCCAACAACUUCUUGGUCGCCUCUUAUCAACCAAGUCCGCCAUAUCAACCGCGUCUUCAUUUGCUCAAAGCCGACAAGCAGCCAUUGGAACCAGGGCUGCGUUUAGAGAAAUUGGUACUGGCUCAAUUGGCAAAGUUUUUGAGCAACCAGGAACUCCUUGGGCGUUUAAAGUUUUGCUUAUCGACCGCCACACGAAACUGUGGAACAACUACAUUAUGCACCUCCGUAUCCAGCAAAGCUUUGAUGCGCUAGGCGAAACGGCUGGUCUAGUUGAAAUUCCGCGCGUAUCUUAG